AUGGAAAUAUCGGAGCCCAGCAUCGGAGUCUUUUAUAUCAGCAAAAUGCUGGCCCUUGCCCCUUACGCUACCCAUCGUAACACCAAGGGACAAGUGGAGAUCCGGCGUAGUUGGCUUUUUACCAUCUACUCUGCAAUGUUUACGGUGGCCUUGGUUUGCCUCACCUAUAGAGGCCUCCUAUUUGAUGCCAAUUCCGAAACUCCUGUACGUGCAUCUUUUAGAAUGAAGUCGGCAACAUCGAAGGUGGUGACAGCCUUGGACGUGUCCGUGGUCGUCAUGGCUAUUUUAUCGGGUGUGUACUGUGGACUCUUCAGUCUGAAGGACACCUUAGAGCUGAACGAGCGCCUAAACAAGAUCGACAAUACUUUGAAUGCUUACAACAACCUCAAGAGGGACCGAUGGAGGGCUCUGGGAAUGGCUUUGGCCUCUCUGAUAGCCAUAUCCUUGCUGAUUGGACUUGAUGUUGGAACUUGGGUGCGGAUCGCCCAAGAGAUGAAUAUACCGCAUUCGGAUACAGAACUCAAUGUGCAUUGGUAUAUACCCUUCUAUAGUCUCUACUUUAUCCUAACUGCUCUGCAAAUUAAUUUUGCAAACACGGCUUAUGGUCUGGGCAGGCGCUUUGGACGCCUAAACCUGAUGCUCACCAGCAGUUUCCUUGGAGAUUCCAAGGACUCUAACGCGGGAAAAGCCCGCAAGGUGAGCACCGUAAAGACCAUCAGCAUGAAUCCUUUAGCUAUGCCCGCAACCCUCCACUCCAGCCUUACCAAGCUGAAUAGCGAGUCCCUGCCCAGUGUAUCCGCAGGUGAACAAAAAACAGCCGCACACAGUCUGAUACUCAACGUGGAGUUACUCAAACUGGUUCCUUUUCCAGCCAAGAACAAGGGGCUGCUCAUCAAGGCGAUGGCCGACAGUCAUGAGUCGUUGGGCAAGUGCGUCCACCUGCUCUCCAACUCCUUUGGUAUAGCCGUGCUUUUUAUCCUGGUGUCCUGCCUGCUGCAUCUGGUGGCCACCGCCUACUUCCUCUUUCUGGAGCUCCUCAGCAAGCGGGACAACGGCUACUUGUGGGUUCAAAUGCUCUGGAUAGUGUUUCACUUUUUGCGCCUGCUGAUGGUUGUGGAGCCGUGUCACUUGGCUGCCCGAGAGUCGCGCAAGACCAUACAGAUUGUGUGCGAGAUCGAGAGGAAGGUGCAUGAACCCAUUCUGGCGGAGGCUGUGAAGAAGUUCUGGCAGCAACUAUUGGUAGUGGACGCUGACUUUUCGGCCUGUGGUCUGUGUCGAGUCAACCGAACGAUCCUGACGUCGUUUGCGUCGGCCAUAGCAACCUAUCUGGUCAUCCUCAUUCAGUUUCAAAGAACCAACGGCUGAAGGCU